AUGGCUCAAGCGACCGGGGCCUUCCAGGUUCAUUACUUCGCCAGCGCAUCGAGCUAUACGGGCCGUCAAACAGAGUCUCUGCCCGCACCACUUCCGUUGGCGAAAUUGUUCGAUGUCUUGGAAUCCAAGUAUCCUGGGAUUGAGGAAAAGAUUUUAACGAGUUGUGGGGUUAGUGUUAAUGUGGAAUACGUGGAUGUGGAGGAGGAGAAAGCGAAACUCCGCGAUAUGGAAGCUGCCCCGGAGGGCCAAAAUCAGGGCCUGGUGAUUAUCAAGGACGGUGAUGAAGUAGCUAUUAUUCCCCCAGUUAGUUCGGGGUAA